AUGUCUUCUACAGAACCAACAACCGAGAAAAUCCCAAAGGCUGAGGCCGAUGACGAGGAGGAUGACGAUAUCGAUGCCUUGAUCGACGAAUUGCAGUCCGAUCACGGUGAGGACGACCUCGAGGAGGAGGCUGGUGAGGCCGGUGCCUCUGCCAGACCAGUUCCAGAGGAGCUUUUGCAAACCGACCCAGCUUACGGUUUGACCUCUGACGAGGUUACCAAGAGACGUAAGAAAUACGGUCUUAACCAAAUGGCUGAAGAGAAGGAGAACUUGAUUGUUAAGUUCAUGAGUUUCUUCAUUGGUCCAAUUCAAUUCGUUAUGGAGGCUGCUGCUAUCUUGGCUGCCGGUCUUGAAGAUUGGGUCGAUUUCGGUGUUAUCUUGGGUCUUUUGAUGUUGAACGCUUCUGUCGGUUUCAUCCAAGAAUUCCAAGCUGGUUCUAUUGUCGAGGAGUUGAAGAAGACUUUGGCUCACUCUGCUAUUGUUAUUCGUGAUGGUCAACUCAUUGAGAUUCCAGCCAACGAGGUUGUUCCAGGUGAGAUCCUUCAAUUGGAGGAUGGUACUGUUAUCCCAGCUGAUGGUCGUCUUGUUACUGAGGGUUGUUUCCUUCAAGUUGAUCAAUCUGCCUUGACUGGUGAGUCUUUGGCUGUUGACAAGCACUUUGGUGACUCUGUUUUCUCUUCUUCUACUAUCAAGCGUGGUGAGGGUUUCAUGCUUGUUACCGCUACUGGUGACAACACCUUCGUCGGUCGUGCUGCUGCUCUUGUCAACAAGGCUUCUGGUGGUCAAGGUCACUUUACUGAAGUCUUGAACGGUAUUGGUACUAUCUUGUUGGUCUUGGUUAUUGUUACUUUGCUUGUUGUUUGGGUUGCCGGUUUCUACAGAACCAACAAGAUUGUUAGAAUGUUGAGAUACACUCUUGCCAUCACCAUUGUUGGUGUCCCAGUUGGUCUUCCAGCUGUCGUUACCACCACUAUGGCUGUCGGUGCUGCUUACUUGGCUAAGAAGCAAGCUAUUGUCCAAAAGUUGUCUGCUAUUGAGUCCCUUGCUGGUGUCGAGAUCUUGUGUUCUGACAAGACCGGUACUUUGACCAAGAACAAAUUGUCCCUUCACGAGCCAUACACUGUUGCUGGUGUUGACGCUGAUGACCUUAUGCUUACCGCUUGUUUGGCUGCUUCCAGAAAGAAGAAGGGUCUUGACGCUAUCGACAAGGCUUUCUUGAAGUCUCUUGCUCAAUACCCAAAGGCCAAGGCUGCUUUGACCAAGUACAAAGUUAUUGAAUUCCACCCAUUCGACCCUGUCUCUAAGAAGGUCACUGCUCUUGUUGAAUCCCCAGCUGGUGAGAGAAUCAUCUGUGUUAAGGGUGCCCCAUUGUUUGUUUUGAAGACUGUCGAGGAGGACCACCCAAUUCCAGAGGAUGUCCACGAGGCUUACGAGAACAAGGUUGCUGAGUUUGCUUCCAGAGGUUUCAGAUCUCUUGGUGUUGCCAGAAAGAGAGGUGAGGGUCACUGGGAAAUUCUCGGUAUUAUGCCAUGUAUGGAUCCACCAAGACACGAUACUGCUAAGACUGUUAACGAAGCUCGUAACCUUGGUUUGAGAGUUAAGAUGUUGACUGGUGAUGCCGUUGGUAUUGCUAAGGAGACUUGUCGUCAAUUGGGUUUGGGUACUAACAUUUACAAUGCUGAGAGAUUGGGUCUUGGUGGUGCCGGUGACAUGCCAGGUUCUGAGAUUGCUGACUUUGUUGAGAAUGCUGAUGGUUUCGCUGAGGUUUUCCCACAACACAAGUACAAUGUCGUUGAGAUUUUGCAACAAAGAGGUUACUUGGUUGCCAUGACUGGUGAUGGUGUUAACGAUGCUCCAUCUUUGAAGAAGGCUGAUACUGGUAUUGCCGUUGAAGGUGCUUCUGACUCUGCUCGUUCCGCUGCUGAUAUUGUUUUCCUUGCCCCAGGUUUGUCUGCUAUCAUUGAUGCUUUGAAGACUUCUAGACAGAUUUUCCACAGAAUGUACUCCUAUGUCGUUUACCGUAUCGCUUUGUCUUUGCACUUGGAGAUCUUCCUUGGUUUGUGGAUUGCUAUCUUGAACGAGUCCUUGAACAUUGACUUGAUUGUCUUCAUUGCCAUUUUCGCCGAUGUUGCCACCUUGACCAUUGCUUACGAUAAUGCUCCAUACGCCCCAAAGCCAGUUAAAUGGAACUUGCCACGUCUUUGGGGUAUGUCUGUCAUUUUGGGUAUCAUUCUUGCCAUUGGUACUUGGAUCACUUUGACCACCAUGCUUUUGCCAAAGGGAGGUAUCAUCCAGAACUUCGGUUCCAUCGAUGGUGUCUUGUUCUUGCAAAUCUCCUUGACUGAGAACUGGUUGAUUUUCAUCACCAGAGCUGCUGGUCCUUUCUGGUCUUCUGCCCCAUCAUGGCAAUUGGCUGGUGCCGUUUUGUGUGUCGAUAUCAUUGCUACUAUGUUCACCUUGUUCGGUUGGUGGUCCCAGAACUGGAACGACAUUGUUACCGUCGUUCGUGUCUACAUCUUCUCUUUCGGUGUCUUCUGUGUCAUGGGUGGUGCUUACUACUUGAUGUCCGAGUCUGAGGCCUUCGACAGAUUGAUGAACGGUAAGCCAAUCAAGGAGAAGAAGGAGCAAAGAUCCCUCGAGGACUUCGUCGUUGCUAUGCAACGUGUCUCCACUCAACAUGAGAAGUCCUCCUAA